GUAUUUUUAAUGGGUCUCAUUAAUACCAUUAUCUGUCUUUCUCUAUCACAGAGCAAUAUAACAAAACACGACCAUUCUCUAAAAGCUCAAAGUAUAUUUUAAAUACCAUAGCCAUAAUAUGAUAAUUGAGGAUGUAUAAUGUAUCUUAAAAAUCCGAGCAAGAGAAAAUAUUGUUUUAGAUUUUUAGGAGAGUAGUAGACAGUGUGAGUGUUUCAAUAAAAAAAAAUAAUAUAAAUAUAAGACUAAAACAAAUUCAUGAAAUUCUACUAAUUCUAGCCAACUACCUUACCUUAAUACUAAUAAUUUUUUAAUAAAUAAGGUAAUCUACCAUUUCAGCAUCCGAUAUUAAAAAAUCGCGUUGUUCCGGUUUUAAGUGCUAUUUAAAUGGUUAAUAUUUAUUUGAUUCCGUUAAUAGUACAGAGAAGAGAGGGCCACUGGGUUUUCAGUUGCUUAGAAAGAAAGAGUGGUUUGCAAUAUCUAAGUGUUCUAAGUGGUGGGGGAGAAACCGUUUAUGCAAUAUUGUGAUAGCCUAACUCCUAGGUCAAAUUCCACAAAGGGCUUGGGUGGUGAAUGCUCUGUUUUGUAAAAGUGUGGCAUACAUUGCCACAUUUUAAUCAAUAAAUAAAUUUUAUCUUCUAAUAAAAGAAUAAACAUUUAAAUAGCACUUUAAAUCAGAACAACAUGAUAUUUUAAUAAACCGACACCCAAGUGGUAAAUUACCAAAAAUAAAUCAUAAUAAAUUUCAAGAUCUGUCCUAUUUUUAAGCUGAAGUUUCUUUUCAAAAAAAUUUAAAUAAGCAAACAAUUAUAGAGUUUAGAGUCUUCAAACUUAUUCAAACUCAAGACACUUAGGUAUUAAUACUAUUACAAGGAUUAUCUGAUUUUAUCUGUUAAUUUCCAUACCAAAAUCUAUAACUAUCAGUGCAUAUUAGCAUUGUGCUGUUGUUCAUGUUGUUCAUCAAUCGCUUGCAAAGAUGAUAAAGGCUAUAUUAGAAAUUGGGUAGACUGAUAGCUUAUGACUCCUACUGAGUUUGGAAAGCUUGCCUACAUGAAGAACACAAGUAUUUUGGUAUCCUUGUGGUAUUUGAGGCAAUCCUGGUUAUCCUUGCUUUAACUGUCUUUGGGAGUGGUACAUACACACUUGGAAAAGUGUGUUUGGACAGUGAGCCAUCUUGUGCGAUCCAAAGCAUGUUUAUUGCAUGAGUUCAAGUUGAUGUACAUAGAUUUAAGGACAUUUUAGUACUAAAAAUGACAACACAAAUAGUAGUAAGCUAACUAUUUUAUUUUUGUCACAUCAAUUUGAAUAAGCCUAAAGCUUUCUCCAUUCUUUCAUUACAGGUGGGAUCUAAAAAUUCAUUUGAAUUGAAUAAUCAUCUGGUAUAGAAUUAUUAAUCAUAGAGUGAUUAAACAUAAUAUUUAAUUAUAUUGAAACAAACUUAAGUUUAUUUAACAUUGUGAUAGUCUUUGUGCUUCACGAGAAAAGUUCAUCAUGCCUGAGGAAAAUGUGAAAGUUGCAGUUCGUGUUCGCCCUUUUGUAUCCUUCAUUUGCAUGUGAUUUAUUUUUCAUGAAAUUUUAUAAAUUGCUUUGUUUUUUCAUUGUGGCUAACCAUAAGCCGACGGGUAAAAAAUCUUUAACUUUUUCAAAGAAACAAGAUGUGAAAGAUUUUGAUGGUUUUAUACAUUUUAAAACAUCAUGACAUCUAAUUAAAAUACUGAUCUCAACAAAACUGUGAGAAUAGCAGAAAUAAUAGUAGGCUAGAGGUCUCUAUAAACCAUUCCACUAAUUUUCUUUCUUUAUGAAUAUUGUAUAGUCUAUCACAUUUAAAAGUCUUUGACCCAUUGCAUAUUGGAAAAAACAUUUUUUUCCUUCAUUCUUGAAUGUCAGAGAUGGAUUUAGUACUUUAUGAAAACAGCCCAUUUUUAGUUUUGUUCUCAUGUUACAAUCACAAAUUCAAAAAUGAGGCAGAAUAAGUGUUUGUUUACUGUCAAUACUUAAAAGUUUCAUAUAAAUUCUUGUCAAAAUAAAACAUUCUAACUAUACUUAAGUAAAAUUAUGAACAAGAUAGUGAACCUUAACAAGAAAAAGAAUGCAAGGGAAACUAAUCGUGGAGCCCAACUGAUCAUCAGUAUGGGAGAUAAACAGACAAUGAUCAAAGACCCAGAAAAUUUAACAGCAGAACCUAAGAAAUUUGCAUUUGAUUAUUCAUACUGGUCACAUGAUGGUUAUACUGAAAACAAGGAUGGCUAUUUAUCACCCAAGGACCUUAAAUAUGCUGAUCAGGUUUACUGCAUGAAAGGAAAUAGUUAUAUUACUUAUAGGCUAACAUUAUUAUUUUUUAUUAAUUGCUAGUAUACUCAGUAGUCAUUACAAAUGGGAAAUAAAUUCAAAUUAAUUCCCUGAAAGAAGGGACAAGGUACAAAAAUCAUCAGAUGUUUAUGAUGGGAAUCAGUAAGUUUUAAAAUAACAAUUUAUCAUUACUGUUAAUUGCAAUUUCUCUUCAAAAAUCUAUUGUCAUAAAUUUUAUAUUAAUAUAUAAGAAGAUAUAUACUUCCUUUAAAUGUUUACUGAUGGUUCUGUUACAGAAAAAAGUAUUUGAUGACUUGGGCAAAGGAGUGAUAAACAAUGCCUGGAAAGGCUACAACUGUUCUCUAUUUGCUUAUGGCCAAACUGGAAGUGGGAAGUCCUACAGUAUGGUGGGCUUUGGAAACAACAAGGGCAUUGUACCCCUUGCUUGUGAAGAACUUUUCAAAGGCAUUGAGGAAAAAAAGAAAGUUGCAGAUAAAGACGCUGAAUUUCAGGUAAUUCAUUACUAGCAUUCGAAUAGUUUAGCAGUUAGCUUAUGGUUUUUUUUUUUUUGGACAAUCUAAUCAUUCAAAAUUUUAAAUGUUUUGUUGACAUUUUUUACUUUUUUUAUACAAUCAUUAUUUUUUCUUAAGCAAUAAAGUUUCAAUUGAAGUCUUAUAGGAACAUUUUAUUUUUCAUAUUAUGUUAGAAGACUAGAAAGUACCUCAAUUCUUGACCUCUUUUCAUUAUAUUCAGCUAAAAUGUUAACUCACAAAAAAUUAAUACUGUCAUAAAAAUUGAUGUUAGCUACUUUGGGGGAUAAAUAAAGCCGAUUUUUAAUUAUUUCAGGUUACCAUUAGCAUGCUUGAAAUUUACAAUGAGCAAAUAAGGGAUUUACUCACAACCAAAGCAGCUUUGAAAGGUGGUCUUAAAGUACGUCAAAAUCCGUCAAAGGGUUUUUAUGGUAAGAAUGGAAUUGUCGUGUUACAGGACAUUAUGCAACUUAUAGAUUUUAAAAUGCCUUUCCUCAACUCAUUAUCUAUUUGAAAGCUGACCCAUAAAAACUGCCUGGAUUUAGUUUUAUAAAAACUAAAUCAUUUCACCCAUAUUUAAAAGGUGGAAGAAAAAUUAAAUGAUGGUGGACAUAAGGAAUAUAUUUAAGGUUGACUAUGAUCUAAAAGGAAGAAAUAAUAUUGAUUACAGCAUAGAAAAUAUCUUUUCAAUUUUAAUGUUGUAUUUUUGUUACAAUUAUAUUUUUAAAAAUAACCUAAUUAAUGUACAAAUUAUCCCCUUCAUCCAUGUUGUAAACAGUAAAAAAAUAGUAAUAAUAACAUAUUGAUAAUUUUUAAUAAAUAUUUUGAAAUAUUUCGAUUAAAAAUACUAAUUUAAAUAAAAGAGGUUUUAUGCUUUUGAAAAUAGACUUAUAAUGUAAGGGGCCAUCCAUAAAUGACAUCACACAAAUGUGCAGAUUUUUUUACCUCCCCUCCCCUUAUCGUUACAAAAAGGACAUCACAAACCUCUUCACCUCCCCUAAUAAAUCUCUCUGUUCAAUACUGUCCAUUAUAAACCCUUAAAAAAAAUUCACCUCCCAUGGUUUGCUGCCAUAGCUAAUUGUUGCUGCCUUUAAAAAAAAAGUUUUUAUGCAUUUUGAUUAGCAGCAGUAAAUGUUUUUUCUGGUGAAUUUUGUUUGUGCAUUAUUAUUAUUAGUAACAUUUUUUAAAAUUGUUUCUAUAAAGUUAAUUAUAGAAAUAAAAUGACAAUAAUUAAAUUAUUUAAUUAUCAUUUUAAAAUUUAUAUUACAAUAUAAUUUAUGUGUGUGUCUGUGGGGGGGUGUUAGCUUAGAAUGUUUGGAAAUUGAGAGGAGAUGCACUGCUUCCACAUGGUUAAGAAUUCCUGUCCUAGAACAUUUACUAAGAUUACCCCUCCGUACAACCAUCUUUAGUUCCAUCCCACUUCUGGUGGUAUCCCUAAUUCUAUGGCUUCUGUCCUCAGAUUUAGACAUAAAUUCUCAUGACUGUCAGUGUCACUACACCCCAAUUCUCCUCCUCCUUGGCAGCCUGUAAUUUGAUCAGAGGCCAUUAUUCGGACCUCACAUACCUGCACUUAUUCUCUCAGGGAUUGUAGUUUACAAAUAAAAUAAUUAUAAUAGUUGUAUAAAAGAAUACAUUUAAAAAUGUAAUUUAGUGUUAUUAAGUGCUAUUUUUUCCAAUAAUGUUCCACUUGUAAUGUGAUGUCACAUUAUUUAAAAACUCCCUCCCCCUCAUAAAAAAAUGUGACCUCCCCUCUCUUUCCUGGACAUGUGACAUCAUUUAUGGAUUGCCCCUAAGGAGACGGUGAUAACAUCAAUUUUUUAUGAUUAGGACCUACCUAAAGUAGCAUAAUGUGAUAUUUUAAGAACCAAAGGGUAGUUAAGGAUUAAAAGAGGCAGUUAAUUUUAUCACAAUUUUAUCUUUAUGAGAGAAAUCUAAGGAAAUAAGAUUUAAAAGUCUCUGUAUUAGACCUAUAAGACAUGCCUUUAAUUUUUUUUUUAUACUGUUAAGUUGUACCAAACUAUGGCUAAUAACUGGGAUGACUUGUGCACAAUUUAGAAGAUAUAUCCCCCACAAAAAAACCCAACUAAGUAAUUGCUAUAGCUAGCAAAUUAAAAGCAUUAUCUUAGAGUAAAUGGAACUAUUAAAAUGCUAUUUUAAAAUAACAGAAAAAGUUUUAUAUAUAUAUAUUGUGCAAGUUUGUCUUACUUUCUGGGACUCCCUAAAAUCUUUGCAGGAUGGUAUUUGUACCAAUAUGUUUGUCUUUUUAUUUCUGAGAAAAGUAGCAAUAACAUAAAAUAAAUGUUUGCAUUUGCCUUUGCACUUAAUGCAAAAUUAUUAAUUUAAACUGACAGUUUUGAGCGUUAAUUUUAAUAGAUAUAUCUGAAUAUUUAGUUUACUUAAUCCUUUGUCUCUUAAUAUGAACUUUUUUCCCCUUAUCUUAUUUGAAUUGCCAAGUGCUUGAAAAAAAAAUGAACAGUUUGAAAUUUUAAAAAUUUCAGUUGAAAGUUUGACAUCAGCACCUGUUAGCAGCUAUGCUCAAAUAGAAGGAAAAAUUAAUGAAGGCACCAGGAAUCGAACAAUAGCAUCCACUAACAUGAAUGCAACUAGCAGGUGCUGAAUAUAUGUUUUUAAGUCCUUUAUUUUAUUACAGUGCAUACCACUUUUGUUUAAAUCAAAGAAUAUUGAUAUACAACUUAUUUAAAUAGAAAAGGAAUAAUCACAUGAUAAAUUAAUGAUAGCACAAGAAACUAUAUAAUAACUUCCACUAACAUGCAUGCGUCUAGCAUCUAUUGUGUAGAUACUUAUAUUACUUUAUUUUAUUACAAUAUAUUACAUCUUUAAUUUUUUUAAAUAAUUAAAUAAAAGUAUAACUAUUUAAAUAAAAAAGGAAUAAUCCAAAUGACAAGAAAUAUUUUUCAUUCAAUAAUGUCUCUUUCUAUUUUCUUUUAAAAGUCGUGCACACACAGUUGUAGCUAUAAACUUUGUACAGAAACAGAAAAAUGAUGCAGGGCAGAAUAUGACCAAGACUUCCAUAAUAAAUCUAGUUGAUCUGGCUGGAAGGUAACAACAAAAAUUGUUUGAAGUUGAGAUGACUAAUGUACAUUUCUUCAUUUAUUGCUCUAGAAUUUUAUUAGUGGACAUUUAUAGUCUUAAAUGGGAGAACUUUCAUAAAACACUUGUCAAAAAUAAGCUUACACAGUAUGUGUUUUAAUUAUUUGUGAUUCAUUAUCCUUAUACAAUUUGUUAUAUUUUUAGUGAGAGGGCUGAUAGUACAGGAGCUUCUGGUGACAGGCUCAAGGAGGGCUCAUCAAUCAAUCAGUCUUUAAGUACACUUGGUAACUGUAUUAAAGCUCUUGCUGAUCAAUCAGCCGGAAAGAAAAAAGUCAUGGGUAAGAGUUCUGAAUUAUCUAAAUGACAAUAAAAAAUGUAAAUAUUAUUGGUAACCUUGCCUACAUUUAUCCUAUUGGAGCAUGAUACCAAGUAAUUCUGUGGAUGAGAAAUUUGUUUCCACGUUAAUAUUCACAAACUUUAUUUCCUUCAGUUCCAUAUAGAGAUUCAGUCUUAACAAAACUGCUUCAAAAUGCAUUAGGUGGAAACAGUAAAACUGUUAUGGUAAGUUUUCUUUUAAUAUUGCAUUUUUGGGGAAAAUCAUAGUCAUGUCAAAAACACCCGAGUUUAUUAACUCAAGUCCAUUACCAAAUAUGUCAUCGAUAAUAAACUAUCUGACUUAUGCAAUUUGGUUCUUUACAACUUAUGCAAUUUAGUUCUUUACAAUAUUUCUGGAGCCUGAUUUUAGGGUAAUAGUUUAUUUAUGUCUAGACAAGAGAACCUAAAAAAAAUCCUGAGGUACGUGGAUUAAAAUUUAUAUAAUGUGGAUUAAAAUUUAUAUUUAAAGAUUGUAUUUGUUAAAACAAUUUUAAUUACUUAAAAAUAAUCAAAUUUUGAUACACAUAAUUUGAUAAUCAUAGAAGCAUCUCAUUCAUUCAUUCAUCUUUCUGAUGGUUGGUUGGAUUGUUAUAAAUUUAAGUUAUCAUAUUACCUACAGGGAUUUUGAUUGUUUUUUAAAAGUAAAAACAAAAACUACCUUUGAAAAUAAUAAAAAUGACAAUAAUAUGUAUAGUUGUUUUAUAUUUCAUCAAAUCAGAUUGCUGCUUUAAGUCCUGCAGAUAUAAAUUAUCAAGAAACACUUUCAACUCUAAGAUUUGGUAAAUUGUGCUUUUUUUAAAUAGAAAAAUUUAUCAUAAUUGGAUUCCAACAACAAGCUAUUGCUUAACAAUUAUCAAUAUUUAUUUAUUUGCAUUUUAUUAGAUAUUUGGAAGGCAUACUUUUUUUAAGAAAGUAAUUUAAAAUCCUCAAUACUUCUGUUAUCAGCUCUAAGUCUUCAAAUAAUGUUGGCAGGUGCUAAUGCAAAAUGAUAUUUGUAUCUUUAAACUUGUGUAGCUGACAGAGCUAAAACCAUAAAGACUCAGGCUGUGGUCAAUGAAAGUCCAACGGACAAACUGAUCAGAGAAUUGAGAGAAGAGAACCAGAAGCUCCUGGCAAUGCUAAAAGCUGGUGGAGUACCUGCGGAGGGAGGGGCAGCCAGUAGCAGUCAAGGUAACGUUGUAACUGGUUAUUUUUUUAUACAUUUUUAUAUAUAUCCAUCAGUGAUACAUUUAGCUACAGCACAGUUGAUCAACUUCAGCUCUUAAUAUUUUUACUCUAUUGUUAUUGAAAAUACAUAUGUUUAAAAAUAAUUCAAUACAUUAUUGAAUCCACAGAUUAAUAACAAUCAUAAUAUUGACUCGUUUAAAUUUUAAAAUAUUUCAUCAUUAAUUUGUCAAAAAAUAAAAAAAUGAUUAAUUUUGAAAAUUGGCUUUAUAAAAAAAAUGUACAAUAGAAAAUACAACAGCCAUUUCCACUGUACAGAAUGCUUUAUCUAGACGCUCUAAGCCAGUCUUUGAUUUUUUCAAUCUGUUAAACACUACAUUUAUUGGAAGGUAAAAAAAACAUAUUUUUAUUUCAGAUAUUGAAGAAAUGAAAAAACAGCUGGAAGAACAGAUGGCAGCUAAUCAGAAGGAACUGGAGGAAAUGAAAAAAUCUUGGGAGGAGAGGAUGAAAGAUGCACAAUUAGAUUCAAUGGUUAGAUAAAGGCAUUUUAAUUACCUGAUAUAAAAUGUAUCUAACUGAGGGAGAUAAAUAUAAAAUUCCAUUAAAAAAUUUACGAAGUAAACAUAUAUCUUGUUAAGCUAGUUUAAAAAUGACACAUAUAGUCCUCCUCAUGCAUUUCAGUUAUAAGAAGACAUUUGGAUAUAAUCUUUAAUUUUAAAAUUACUUUCUUAGGCCAAACUGGAGGUUGAAAAAAAGAGAAACGAAGAGAGGAAGGUGACUCCCCACUUCUGGAAUCUCAGUGAAGACCCAGCUCUUACGGCCAUGAUUAUUCAUUUCUGUAAAGAAGGUACAAGAAAUGAGCAGCUUUUCAUAAAAAUUUAGUUAGUGUUAGGAUUAGAGGAGAAAUGUACCAAAUAGGCAUGCCCGUUUAAAAAAAUCUCUGUUAAAAAUAUAUAUAUAAGUGCAGCUUAAAUGGAUGUUAUUUUUUUUAUUUAUUCAGGUACAGCCAAGAUUGGAAAUAAAAAUGCAACUCCUUCUCCGGAGAUUUUAAUCAAUGGCUUAGGGUAAGUCAGCUCCUUGUUCAUUUAUAAAUGGGCAUCAGUUUGCUAAGAAAUUAAGUUUAAACUUUUCCUUGAAAUAUAACAAAUAAUAACAUUUAGAGAACGUUAUUAAAAAUAAAUACAUUAUAUGUUUAAAAUGUAUUAUCCAUUGGGCACAGUGUAUAGGGCCUAUGAAAAAUGCAUGGCCUAUCCUAUAAAAUUAAAUAGAAGAUAAGGUUAUGGGGGAUUUAAAAUUAAUGUUAUGUAUUUUAAAUGGUACUUCUAUUUUCAUUAUGAACACAUAUACAUUACGAUAUAUUGUUUCAAUUAAAAUGCAUAAAAUUAUUUAAAAGUUACUAAAAGAUUAACCUACAGAUGAUAUUUAUAAGUACCUAGCGCUUACAAAAAGCUCAUGCAGCUCUUAGAUGACCUCUAAUAUUUUUUCUUACACAUCCACAUGGGACAGUAAUUCAUGGUUUAAAAGCAGGUGGUACUCACUAAAUCCACCUACAAUUGAGAUAAAAACAUUUUAUUAUGAGAUUCAUUUCAAGUGACUCAAGCUUUGUAAAUUGAAAUUUUUAAAGAUGUUGCUCUUUUUUUUUCCCAGGAUUCAAAAACAACAUGCCACAGUGACAAACAAGAAGGGCACAGUCUCUCUUAAGCCCCUUGAUGGUGCCAAGAUUGUGAUCAAUGGUAAACCUGUCACAGCUGAGACUGAGCUUCAUCACAAUGACAGGUAAUUACUGCAAAAAUAAAGGAAACCAUUGCAAACAUACAUGGGUGACAUUGACAACAGUUACACAUGUAAUCAAUGACAGGUAACCAUUGCAAACAUUGAAAGGUAACCAAGGAUAGCAGUGAAAAGUUGCAAUGGCCUACAAAACUAGGAUAUAAUUCAAACAACACCAGAUAACAAUUUCAAAUAAUGUCAGUCAGACAAUUAUUUCUAAAAAUGAAAAGUCUUCAUAAUAAUAAAAUAGAACAAUGUCAGAUUACAAUUUCAAACAGUGGAAGAUAAACUCAGCAAUUUUAGAUAGCCUUUGUAAGCCUUUAAAUAAUGUAAAACAAUUUUAUUGCUUGAGCAUUUUGUUUCCAAUAAUUAAAAAGUCAACUAAGUGAAUAAUAAAAUGGUCUUUUAAUUAAUGCAUGGGGUACAUUCAAAUUUUUGCAAAACAGAGUAGCUUGCCUGUGGUUGCCACCUACUUUUACCUAUUCAUGUUGUUUCCAAAAUCAUGUUUUUUGUUUCUAAACUUGAUUCCAUCCAGUAAGUUAAUUAGGGUUAAUUAAAAUAGAUCCAAUCAUAUAGUUUUUAAAAUAAAAUUUAUACUUUUACUCUGAAUAAUUUCUUUCCUCUCAUUUCACGGUGACAUCAUCUGAUCCAUGUUUACUUAGCAAAACCAUAGUAACCACAAAUGAUAUGAAAGCCGAAAUGAUAGGCACCAACCUAUUAGGCUCUCUUCUCUCCAAAUAAAUAUUUUUUCCCUUCUUGGGCAAAUCCCAUAAAUUAAAAGAUCGGGAGUUAUGAUUUUAAAGAUAAUUGUUUAAAUGAUUGCUUUACUAUCUUGGUAUAAAGCAGCAGGUCGCACAUGUAUAAACUCUUAUUUAAUAAAAUCUUUGCAUCAUAAUUUAUCAAUUAAAAAAUUAUGUCUUGUAAUAUUAGGGGUCUUCCAUUAAUUAUGUCAACACAAUAGGGGGGGGGGGGGUGGGAAUAUUUGAAAGUUUUUGACAAGGGGGGGGGGGGGGGGUUUAGAUUAGUGGACGUCAAAAAUCAUGUUUUCUUUUUUAAAAUUUUAAUAUUAUGGGGGGGGGGGGUUGGAAAUAUUUGAAAGUUUUUGACAAGGGGUGGGAGGUGGAGUUUAGAUUAGUUGACGUCAACAAUCAUGUUUUCUCUUUUAAAAUUUUAAUAUUAAAAAUUGACUGGUUAUGUGUCUGUCCAUUGCUGAUGGCUGGUCAGAAUGUUAGCACACUUUGUUAGUGCAAGAGAAGUCAAAAGUUGGCCUCUCUUUGCCUGUGGAUUCUGUUUGUCGCAAAUGACAAUGGCUGUAUGUUUGUGAUCAUGUUCCAGGUAUGGACAAGGUUCAAGUGUCAUGUGCAAUCAAGAUAAAUGAUAUUGAUAUAGAUAGAAUGAUAUUUUGAGAAUUAGGGGAAAGUUAAGUGAGUAACAAUAAUAACAUUGCUGCUUGAAUGGAUUUGCAAAAUCUGUGACAUCUAUUUUGCAUCACAAGUCACGUUGAAAUAGCAUGUUCAAAAGCACCGACAAUGCAUAUGAAAUUACUACCUUCUCCUCAACAAAAAAUGGAUUCGGCUAAUGCAAGUAGCUGCCAGGAGACAGAGAGCUUAUAGCAAUUAUUGCUCACGCUGUCAAUGCUUCUAUUUUAAGUGCUAAAUGGUUAGAUGAGAAUGAUUUUGACUUUUCUGUUAUAUCAGUUCCGCAAGAGGAAAAUGAUAAAUCAGCUACUACACCAAUUGUUAUGAUAGAGCAACACCUGGCUAUUCUUUGGAAAGACAAUAGCAUCUAGAAAUUAUGCUACAAUUGUUAGCUGUACUGACAAUAAUCAUAUUUAUACUUCCACAAACAAUGAUAUUAGUCAUUAACAAUAUUUUCAUUGAUUCUGCAUUAAAAAAUUUAAGUGUAAAAUCUUUUUUACUUGUUGAUUAACAAGCUAAAGAUGUAAUAAAAUGUUUUUCCUAUAAUUUUGUGUUAUUAAAAUAGGUCAGCACAAAGUAAAAUGUAUUAAUAAUUAUUUAUAUUAUAAAUAUUUUUUUUUUGGUGGUUGGGGGGUGGGUGGUUAUAAAAAGGUCGACAUAAAAACUUAGGGGGGUCACUGAAAGUUUGAAAGUUGCCAACAAGGGGGAGGGGGGGGGGUCAAAAAUUGCUUACAAAUUGUUGAUGUAAUUAAUGGACGCCCCCUUUUUGUUGAUGUGAUAAAUUUAGGGAACCUGAUAACCAUAUGGUAAGAUAACUAUGAAACUUUUCAAAAUAUGAUGUCUGCUAACCUAACAAUCUCUACUAUUGCAAUUUAGGGUUUUACUUGGGCCCAACCACCUGUAUGUGUUUCAUCACCCUCAAGAUGAAGCAAAACAAGUCAAGUUAGGUAAAUCUGUGGAGCAACCCACUUAUGACAGUGCCCAGGAAGAGCUGGCUAAGGCAUCUGGACUUAUGGAUGAAAACAGCAGCAAAUCAAAAGGUCAGAAGUCACUGUAAUCUUGAGCCAUUCAUUUUUGUGAUUAUUUCAGGUUCAGAUGAUGGAUAAAAACAUUUAAUUUUCCGCUAUCAAUUUUCUGCUAUCAAAAUGAACAUGUUGUUACUAUCUAUAGUGAUAUAACUAGUUGAGAUGCCCUGCUACAAGAUAUCAUUUAGUGAAAUAACAAUUGAUGGACAUCAGAGAAGAGAAAUAUAAGUCAUCUGUCUUACAACUAAAUGCAUAGAUAUAAUGGUCAUCAUUCCACUCAUUGACUAUUCCCUUCUGAAAUCUUCCCUUCAAAGAGGACCUCUUACUCCAAGAAGAUUUGAUCCAGCUACUUCCAAUGGUGACUGAGGCCAAUGCCAUGUCUGAGGAAUUGGACAAGAAAGUGAAGUUUGAGAUUUUUCUUGUCUCACCCAAAGCAAGGGGCCAAAAGGAAGGGGCAACAGAAGUAUGUCGCUGUAAAAUCUAUUAAAAAAAACAAUUACCUUUAAAAGACUACAUUUUUAAGGUAAAUUAGCUUUAUGCCCAUAUUGCUUAUUAUAUUUUUAAAAUUUAAUAAUACCAUUUUUUAUGUAGGUGAUGGUGAAAUUGAGAAAUUUGGAAAAUGGUAAUUGGUGGUUGCUAUCCAGAAACAAUUUUAUCAACAGGAAGUACAUGAUGCAAGAAAUGUAUCAAAAUUAUAUGGAAGGAGAGCCAAACUGGGAUGUGCCAAAGGUAGGUCACUCAUAUUGAUGCUUUCCAAAUGAAAGCAGUUUAGCCUGGGAAAAAUAGCCCGGUUUUUUAGGAAAAUCAGACUGAAAAAUUAUUUGGUAAGUAUUGAUAUAAUAUUUCGAUUAAAAAAAACAACCUUACCUGCAAUGCAAAUAUUCAUAAGAAAAGUAAUUCUUAACUAUUAAAAAAGUAAUAUGAUAAUUGCUAACAGUACUGAAAUUUUGGAUUCAUUAACAUCUCUUUUGGUUUUUUAUUUCUUGAAGUUUCUCACUUCAAUAUUACUAAUACAUAUAUAGGCUUGAUUUCUGUUCUUAGGAAAAAGAUCCAUUCUGGGAGCCUCACAAUACACCUGUAUUGUUAGGUAAUGCCCAUGUUUAUCUACAGUCUAUUGCCUACCUCAUUGAAAUGGAUGAAAGUAUGAUUAUAAUGGACUUAAAAGGCAAAGAAAUAGGUACAGUUAAAAAUCACACAUAUUUAUUAUACAAUAUUUCUCACUUGCCUAGCUUAAAGUAAAGAACUGGAACUGCAAAAUAAAAAAUAAUAAUACAUUUUUUUUUUGAAAAAACAUCACUAAAUUAAGAUUUACUUACUACAUAUUCUUCGAGCUGAACAAUAUUGUAGAUUGUGUUCCAGUUUAAAAAAAGGGAUAACUUUGACAGAUCAAAUAUAUAGAUUUUUUUAAAAUAAGCUAAGAGUUUAUGAUGCAAAUUAUUAUUAAAAAUAUAUGAUCAAAGCUGAAGUAUGAUGCAGAAGUAACACAUUUUGGAAGAAUAAGAAUUCAUUUCUUCUUUUCUUUGUUUGUAAUAAAUCUUUACAAUAUUGCAUUUAAAUCAUUUUAAUUAUCAAAACAUAGAUUGAUUUAAGCAAAUGAGAUUGAACUAUAAUGAUAGAAUAAAAAUUGUAAAUCAGGCUACAUUGUCCUCAAUAUGUUAAAUGAAAUUAAAUGCUUUACAGGUCAUUUGCUGAUAGAGCUUAUAAAAAUUGUAAAUCAGGCUACAUUGUCCUCAAUAUGUUAAAUGAAAUUAAAUGCUUUACAGGUCAUUUGCUGAUAGAGCUUAUUCCAUGUGAUGACAAAUGGCAAACUCUCAAAGAAGAUGUUUAUGUAGACGAUCCCAAUGAGUUAGUGAGUAAACAAGUGUUAAAUUCCGUUAUCAUAUAACUAAAUAAGUGAUCAUUAAGUAAAAAGUAAUUAAUUUAAUGAUGUGUGUAAACCAAAUGUAAUGCAGGAGAUACACGGCAAAUGAUCUUCUGUUAUCAUGAUAAUUCAGAAUCAUUUAUUGUUGAGUUGGUUUCAGCGUGAAACAAAAUGCUUGACAAUCUAGAAUUCUAAAUCAUCGAUAGAUAUUGAAAUAUUUUUAAAAUAAUAAAUGAAAAUAAAAAACCUGAGUGUUUUAAUUAUGAGUUUUUUUUUACUUUUUCUAAAAUGUUGCUGAAAUUAUUCAAUUAAAUUAAUUCAAUAUUAUUCAUACACUUAAAAAUAAUUUAUACUAAUUUUAACUAGACACUUCACUAUUAAUAUAAAAUCAUGCUAACUUUCUUAACAAAUCUUAAUGUAAAGUCUGGGUUAAUAUACUUUUAAGCACAUUUUGAUCAAAUUAAGAAAUAGGUACAGAAUUAUUCAUUUGAAAAUUUAAAUCUAUACAUUUGGAUGAUUAAUGUACAAUUAUUCUAUAUUAACUCCUAAUUUUGUAGAGAGGAAAACCAUUGUAUUUCAAGUUCAAAAUAAAAGGAGGAAGAGGUAUACCAGCUAACUUUGAAACGGUGAGUCUUGCAUUAAAAAUGCUCACAAAAGAAACUUAAGGAUUUAAAUGACAUUGUCUCUCAUUAUGAAUGUAAUAACACAAUCAGAAAAUGGAACUUUGAUAUUUAUUACUAGAAUAAAUGACCCGAUGUUAUUGGGAUAAUAAUGUUAGGUUCUUUGUGAUAGUUUCUACCUGCUAUUACAAAACCUCAUCACAAUUCGUACCUUAAAAAGAAGUAUCUAUAUAAUGAUAUUUACAUUUCAAACAUCAUUAAGUUUUGAGAAGAAUUUAUCUGCUAUAUAUUAUACGCUUACCCUACUCCCUUUCACGCCCCUAAACUACAUUUUUCCCUCUAAAAAUGACCUUAAAUUACCUAAUCUAAAUUAUUACUAAUUAUAUCACUUUUGUCACUAAAUAAGUUAAUUGAGGGAUGAUUUCUAUGCUAGAGAAUUACUUUAGAUUCUCCCCUUUUCAUGCCCUUGAAUUCCAACUUUUUUUCUCUAAAAAUUGUUAAAAACAUAAUCUUAAAUUUACAACAAAAACUCUAUGUAUGAUAUAAAAAUAUUUUAUGUUAAAGGAAUUUGAUCUAUUUCUAUCUUCAUCAAAAUUUAAACACACUUUUGCCUUUGUUUUUUAAAUUAUGCUUCAUCAGAAAGUUGUAAAACAAAGAAUUCGUUUAUCUACAGAAGAAUCUCACAACCGUUUUUCACAUCUAUAACAGACUUGAGUUUCCUCUUUUUUUUAAAAAUUGUUUAUCUCAUAAAAAUACACAUCAACUUCACUUUUCACAAAGUAAAAACAAAAAAAAUAUUUUCAUUUUUUAAAAAGAAAAUAUUAACCCAUCUCAAUUUUUCUAAACUAAAUUUUGAAGUGUGCAAAAUGAUUGGGUUUUGAUAUUUAUGGAUAUAAUUGAAUAAAUGUACCAACAUUUUAUUAACGCCAUUGAUUUCUAAAUUGGUAAAAAUAUGUUUAUUUGUAAAAAGAGAAUUUUUUCACAAAUGUAAUACCAUAUGAUUUUAUUAUAUUGUCAUCCGCGUAAAAAUGUACACAUCCUAUUUCCUACCUCUGAUAGGUAUGUAGGCCUACCAAAGAAGGUUAAUUCUUUAUCAAAUUCAUUCCUUUAUUUUGAGACGUAUCUUGUGCUGCCCGGGGCAAAAUGAACAUACCCAUAUUUGUAAAAAGGGAAUGCAACAUCUCUUUUUUUCACAAAUAUAAUACCAUAGGAUUUAAAUAUAUUGUCAUCAAUGUAAUAAUGUACACAUUCUAUUUCCUACCUCUGAUAUAUAUGUACCCAAGAAGGUUAAUUCUUUAUCAAAUUCAUUGCUUUAUUUUUAGUCUUAUCUUGUGCUGCCUGGGGCAAAAUGACCACCUACCCCCCACCCGGCUUUAAAUAAAAUUAGAAAAUCUUCCACCAGAUUGUAGUCCCUUCCAUACCAAAACAAACAAUUUGCACCUCUUAUGGUUUGUUCUUAUUUGGAUGAGUUAUAAGAAGAUUAGUGAAUGCUAUGGCUAUGGAGUUUCGCUGCACUGAUUGACUUAAACAGCAUUUUCUUAUUAGAAGUAAAUUUAAAGGUUAAGUUUUUAUUAUGUUAUAAAUUUAAUAAAAGUAUAUUUCUGAAAAAAGAAAAAGGUAAAACUUAUUAAAAAUGUUAAAAAAUAUAAAGAUACAAUUUUUGUUUUUUUAUUAACAAAUUUAAAAAUCAAUUAUAUUUAUUAAUUUUACUUCUAAGAAGGGGGAAAUACAUUAUCAGGAUUGUAAAGCACGGUUAUGAAAUCAAAGAAAUUUAAGAGUUUUGGCUAACAUAGGCCAUUUGUGCUAUGACUCAUUUGCAUGUUUAUUUAGAAGAAAUUAAUUUUAAUUUUAUUUGGCAAUAUUAAAAACACACUAAAAAACGCACUAAAAACAACUGAUGUUUGGGUUUUCACGAUAAAUGUGAUUACUUUGUAAUUCUUAGGUUAUAAUUUUUCCGUUAAAUUCUGUGUUCAUAACUUUUAAAUUCAAAUAAAAUGCUUAAAAUAGUUUCCGUAAAAUAAUAGAAAAUAACUAUGAUUGUUUUUAAGAAUAUGAACUAUCUAAAGUAUCUAAAUCUUUUAGGUUUUUUGGCGUUAUGUCACUAUAGCUCAUUCUUGUAUAUAAUAUGGGUCACAUUUUUAUUAGGAUUUCAUGUACUUCUUUAUUUUAGGGCAUUUAAAAAUAUAUUAAAAGAAACUUUUGUAAAUGAAGCUGCAAUAAGCCAAUAGAUACAUUGAGUAGUAAGUAAAUGGAUAAUUUGUGAGUGAUUAAUAAACUCAGUACUCAGUAUGGCAUUUUGUGGUAUGUAAAUGGUUCAUUCAUGAAUGAUCAACUGAUGCAUUUGCAUUAUUUUAAAAUAUUUUUUGUUUUUCUAUUAAAAAACUCCUAAACCAUAUUUUUUGUUGCCUCCAUGUCAUAGCUUUUGUUAAUUAUUUAAUUUGCUUUAACUUUUACAGACAAGCUGCUCUUACAAAUUCUACAUUGAAGACAAGCCAACAAAAACAAAGGAUGUUAAAGGAACAAUAAAUCCAGAUUAUGAGCAUGAGAGACAAAUAAGCUUUAAAUCAGUAACAGAUCAGGCAAGUCAAGUUUUUAUAUCAUCAAUUAUGUGUAUGUCAGCUUCUCAGAGUUACAAGCAAAAUUUCCAUUUCUUAUAAAAUAUUUUCAAAUAUUACAUGACAUCCAAAAUAAAAAUCAAUUAGCUAUAAUAAAUACUAUUGAAAACAAUGUUCUAAAAAAAAUGGAAUGUCUAUAUAAUGCAACAUAAUUUUAUUGUUACUUUUUUUUUUGUCAAACUCUAAAUUGACAUUUGUUGGUAGAUCUGUGGUGAUCUGACUUUUAAUAUAUUAGUGAGGAGUAUCUCUUGUAUGAGAUCUCCUCUUGUCUCUCUGUCUAGGGAUAUGUUACUUAAGCCAAAUUACCACACAGACAUAAUAACCUAUCUAUUUACAUAUAGUAUUGACUGAAACGAAGGCUUAGGUAAAGGAGAAAUAACUAUGAGUAUUUAUUGAAUAAUAAUAUUUACAAAAUCCUCCUUUAUACACUCCUGGUGCUUAACAUUAAACAUCAAACGGAUUUUUUUCCAAUUAGAAAGGUAUAUUAAUGCAAAGCAAGUGUCCCUAACAUACAAGCGGUAUCAUCAUAAAAAUGCUAAAAAAGUGGCUCUCCCGCGAUAAAUCGUGGUAGUGAGAGUCCCUGGAACUCGAAGUCCUCUUAGUAGCUGUCAGGUAGUUUGGUGUAGGAUGUAGAUCAAUCCCCUAGCGCCAGCUCAAGGUAAGUCGGUCCAGCAAUAGAAACCAGGCUAAAGGCAAAUGAUACAAAAAUGGAUAAGUAUCCAAGCGAAUAGCCAUAAGCUGAUAAGUCCCAAUCCACUAGCAAUGAAUUCAGAUCGAUGUAUGGAAGGUGACAUAGCUCGUGCUUAUACAUCCAAAUUGUGGAUGGAUUUAUAAGUCUUAUCAUUGUCGGGGUAAGCAGAUCUUGCUUCGCGACAAUGUUGGACCAAGCAAACAUUUUAAUUAAUAAAGUAUGGGACAUGGUAGCAUUAACAAUCAUUAAAAUUAUAGGAACCUGAUACUCAUAUUGUCUUCUUUUUAAAAGAGACAUGUGCACUUUAGAACAACACCUGCCAUCCCCAUGAUGGAAUGGCGGCGUGUCUUAGCUCGCGGCAAAAGCAAUUAUAGAAUUCAUAAUAUCAAUAUAAAUGAAUAUAGGCAUUAUUAGGAUAAGAUCAAACGCGAACGAAUAAUUACUACAUGGGCAAUAAAAUGAUACCAAAAUUAUGGUUGCGUACUUACUAGUACUCUAGGUAGCAGUCGUAGUUAAGUAUCUCGCUAGUGAAGUACUAAGUCCAGUUACUUCAAGCAUUCACAAUUGAGUGAUCAGAUCUUAAAAGACGUAUACUUGCUAAGUCCUAGGUUGCAGUUAUGUAUCACGUUAAAGAAGUUCUAAGUCCCGAUCCUUCCGGCGUUCACAGUCAAGUGAGCAUGAUUAUGAUCAUAAAAGACAGAUUCUUGCUUUUUCAGGCUAUUUAUUCGAGUUGGGUGGCGAUUAGGUGAUGAUUCAAUUGGGUGAUUUAAAUGUUGUACGUUUUUCCACCCAAUGACAAUCACUUUCGAUGUUGCAGGUUUGACCUUCUACUCUCAAAGUUUAUCUGGCUGAGGUGAAAAUCCAAAUUCACGCUUUUGCGUGAGUUUUCUGGUUUAGAAACUCAAUAACAACAAGGGGCGAUACUCUGCUUUGCUGUCUCCAGGGCAGAAAUGAGGGGGUGGGGGAUGGUAUUAUUUUCUCAAGGUUCAUCAGUGGGAUGGUUUGAACACAAAUUGCACGCUUUUUGGGAUGAGCGGGCUUGAGUAGAAAUGUGAUAACACAAAGGGAAACCACUCGGGUUAGUCUACUGUGGGACAAACAUAGGGAGGGAAUGGUAUUAUAUUACAGGGUAUUCAAAGGCGUAGGUGAGGGGUAAGAAAUAUUACUAAGAUCAGCUCCAGAUCAUCACAAUAAAAUGCAUGGAAUUCAUCACACUUCAUUCAUUUCAACUCUGCGACUGACAGAAUAAAUUGAUAUAAUUUGGGUCUAUUUAUAAACAGCUCAUCCAUUAUUUAAGUAAUGAUGCUGUGACAGUGGAGGUAUGGGGCCAACAAAAAGAAGAAGGCAUGAAGACUGGUUCCCAUAGUUCCAGCACUCGGGACCUGAUGCUUAGGGACAGAUCCAGCUUGACACCAUCCCCUAUAGUGGCAGGUGAAACUGCACAAAAGGUGAAUCAAACAACUGGGUUGUUUAGUUGACUUAAUUUUAUUUUUUUUAGAAGAGUUACAAAUAUAUAUUUACAUAAAAGAAUUGAUUGCCUUAAAUAUCUUUUUAGGUAUCGUAUGAUUUUUGAAAUUUUAAUCUAUUUUAUGAUUAGGCUAGUUUCUUGAACAAUACAUAAUAAAGGACUGAAAACCAGUAUACAACAAAAAACGAUUACAAAGCCAGUGUUGUUUACAAUACUUAAAUUAUACUAUUAUAUUUAUACAAGAAUACAAAAACAAAUAGACAGAAAUAAAACUAUAUUAACUUACUGCACAGCAAGAAAAAUCCUCAAAAGAUACAAAUAUUAAUAUACACACACAGACAGGGAGCACAAUCUGUAAGGCUCCUAUAUUAUGUCUUGUAAAUGUGUAGGAAAAUUAGCAAAAAUCUCUCCCGGCUGGGAAAGCUGCUGCCUUAUUUAUAGGGAGAGAGUUAGAACCCUCCAGAAAGAAAGACAGUUGUGUGAAAAUUCUGUUUGCAGAGUCAGCUCCAUUGGCUCCCAUAUUUUCUUUAAUAGCACAAAUGCUGACCUAUUCUUUCCAACUCUAGCCCUGACAUCAGCUUCGAAUGUGAAAACCUCCACUUCUUCCAGUGAAUUUCCUUCCAGAGAGAUAUGCUCUUGGUUGGCUGAGUUUACAUUCAUGAUCUUUGACUUGCUUUUAUUUAUAAUGUGUCCAAGCUGUGCUUAAAUGGUUGCUGCAUGUGCAGCUGUUUAUCUGACAGAUGUGCAAUGUCAUUUGCAAAGUUAAGGUCAUUCAGUUGUUCCCAGGGUGUCAACUGUAUACCUUUCCUCUUUUGUCUGUGGAUUUUUUCAUUAUCCAGUCAAUGGCAAGGAUGAAUAGGAAAGGGAACAAGAGACAUCCUUGUUUAACUGCUGUACUAUCCUGCAUAUCUUUUCAAAUAGAGGGUGUAGCAUGAUAACUAUUGUAUCUAUAUCUGCUCUCAUCAUAUCUGUUAUUAUGUUAUCCAAUCAGAGUACUUUCCCAAUUUUAAGCUGCUUGAUAGCCAGUGCUAUUUCUUUCUUAUUUGGGGCACUGUCUUCUAUUGUAAAUCUUCAUUUGCUAGUUUUAUUAAUCAUGAAAAGGGAUUUUAAAAUCUGUUUAAAUAUAUGGCCAUUUUAAGCUUAAUUCUAACAUUUAGGGUACGGUCUUAAACUAUUAUAAAAUUUGUAAAUUAUUGGCCUAUUUAUUGUCAAGACUGUAAAGUUACUGGUUAUAAUUUUUUUUUUAUUAGGCCUAAUAUGAAGCAAAAGCUGCAUCAAUUUUUUCCCUCGAGUUUUAAAAACUUAUACAAAUCAGUUAGAUAUGAACAUUUAUAUAUUUGUUCUAUUUGUUGGUUUGCUACAAAGGUCUAAGUUCCACUAUGUUAAAUUUUAGCAACACCUACAACCACAUUAAAAAGGUAUGUCCUGUCUUGUUUAUUUCUUGAAAUUGGGACAAAUCUCCAAGAUAAUACAUUUUCUGUCAUAAAAAUUUCUUUAGGGUACCAAUUCAUUAAGUCCCAACAGUGCUGUUAAAACAGGCGGCAAAACUGCUGCACAACUAGCUGUAAGUUAAAUUCAGUAAAAAGUUUAUUUAAAAUACUUUUUUUUAAGGAUUUGAAUAUCUGAUACUAAAAAGUAUGAUCCAAUACAGUUUUCCAUAACUGAAAACAUGUAAGAUUAAGAAAUUUAAAAUUAGGAGAAAAAGGAAAUCACAGCUUUUUUCUAUUUAUACAUUGGAUUUAUAAAUAUAUAAAUUCAUAAUGAAUUUUGGAAUGGCUCAUUUAAUGUCUAAAGAAAUAAUUUAAUAAACUGAGUUUUAGAUAUUUGUUACCAUUGAUCAAACUCACAAGUCAUUAAAAUAUAAAAUGGGAAAAUUAUUUCAGGCUGAAAUUCAAGAAAAGCUGAAGAAAGCAAAAACCAAAGGAAUGAAAUCUGUUCCAGUGAGUAACAUUGAUAUAUUUUAGGUCUCUUUUAGUAGGUUUGGCAGUUUUCUUUUGUUUACAUCAAUAAAAAAUUCAUUUUUCACUUUUUGCACCCUUGUUUUUAAUAUGAUUUAAUUUGAGAGUAUAGAAAAGUAAAUAAGGUUUGAGAAAAUAAGGAAAUGCACAUUUUUAUUUUAGUUGGAAGAUAUUGAAAGUGCCCUCGAACAACUGACUGGGGCUACAGCACAGCAAGGCUCAAAAUCUAAAACAGUAAAGAGCACAUCAAGAGCCUGUUUACUUCAGUGAAUUGUUACAUUAUUUUUCUGUAUUACUCAAGCAUUUAAAUUAUGUCUGAGCAAGCUAAGGUAACCUUUGGUAUUUUUGUGUUUUUGAACUUAUGAAUAUAAGUAAAAAAGAUGUAUCUAUUUUGGCUAUUUUUAGGAUUUCUAUAAGCAUUUUGUGCGAAGAGACUUAAAAAUAUUCUUUAAAACUUGGUCAACAUUCAUCAAUAGAAUGUAGAAAUGAAAAUCUUAUUUUUUUUUUAAUUUCUUGGCUUUGACGUUUAUGUAAUAGUUUAACAAACGAACUUGUUUUCUUUGUAAAUUUCUUAUAUUUUGUGCAUUUUUGAAAUUGAACUUAAAAUGUGAUGCAAACUACUAAGUUUUGAAGUUGUUUUUUUUUAAUGAGCUUACUUUUGAAGCUCACUUAAUUGGAUUCUUAUCAAAGUUGUACAAAAUCUUAAUGAAAAAAUUUGGGGAAAUCAAGAGUAGCCCUUCCUGGUACUGACAGCAGUGUUUAUUUAAUAAUGUUGAAUCUUUACAUGAUUUCCCAAUCAUUCAAGCAAAGUAACUUAUGUUAUGCAUUACAUUAAUACAAUUUGAUUGUGUAUCAUUACAAUUGUGUUUAUAAAUCCAACUGCUCUAUGUCAAAUUAUUAUCUGCAAUUUAUGGGGGAUAAUAAAUCAUUAUUGUUUUAUUUAUUAAUGCCUGUGGUCUCAAUUUUGAGUUUAAUGGCAAUAGAAAUUUUAAAAAAAAAGGAGUUUUAAAAAGAUCUGCAUUCCUAGUGAUGUAAUUUUCUGUAUUUAGCAUAGAUUAUAUAUGCUGAUAUUAUUAUUUUUCAACUUUUGAAAACAAAAUAUGCAUUUGGAUAAAAAUAUAUAUAUAAGGCUAAAUAAUUAUUACCUUUUAACAUAUGCUUUUCUGACUUUGAAGUUUUAUUUUGUUUAAAAAAUAUAAUUUUUUUUUAAAAAUGGUCUUAAUUUCACAUAUGAUCAAUUAGAUUUACUGUAAUCUAAAUAAAUAUUCAUUUUUACUUGGCAACAAAAGUUAUUUAUGGUUUGAUUUCAAAUAAUAAUUUUUAUUUGAAAAAUAUUUUUAUUGUAUGAUAAAAUAUUUUUUCCAAAAAUAAUUUCAGAAUAUGUUAUUAUACUCAUAAAUUGCUUCAAGUUACGCUAUCAAAGCAAAUACAAAUUAUUAUUUUUUUCAUUCUUCAAGCUUUAUAAAAAAGGCAAGAAAGAAGAAAAAAAAACUUAUUCAAUUGGUUAUCUCACAAUUACUGAGACCAUGUCUUUCUAUAUCUGAGGGUACUGCUACAAGCUAUUAAGUUUGUUAUAAUUUAUAUAUUUAUACAUAAAUAAAUAAUAUUACUGUAAGUUUAUAUUUUGCUCAUUGUUCAGAGGACCAUAAAUCUCCUUUUUUAUUGUUUUAUGUAUUUUAUAUUCUUUCAACUUUUAAAACUAUUUUGUGCCUUUCACAAUAUUAGAAAUAUUUUUUUUAGAAGUUUAUUUUCCUGCAAUUGCUUUUUGUGAUUUAACAAUAAUGAAGCACGCUUUACAAAUGCAAUGAUAAUGUUACACAUUUAC